AAGGCGGGCGCCUGACCGAUCCGCAACUGAAGUCGGGCGCGACUUCGUGCCCAACCAAAGUACCACCAACUUGCCUAGAUUAAGGCUGCACCCCAACGAUUAUUUGACUUGGCUUCUCAAUGUUCUUGCAAUGAUUUAAACGCCCGUUUUCGUCAGAUUUGUUAUUAACAAGCAACAAAUUCGGGGCAUGGCGUUACUCGAAUCGUCUAAAGGAGUUCCUAUUUCUCAGGAUGACGCCGAAAUACGCCUCCAUCAUGCUGAUAUUUUCCACCAAUUCUCCAAGCUCCCCAUCGAGUUGCGAGAAAGGAUUUGGCAGCACACGUGGCCGGGACCUCGGUUGAUUGAAGUGGGUAGCCAUGGCCGUGACGCAGCCAGCGUCGAAGAUAGCGAUAACGAGCACGAGCACGAGCACGGUGACCCUACUUUCUCCCUAUGCAUCUUAGGAAACUUCUCCAGCAAGCACUCCAUCCACACGGAACAGGAACAGAUACCUCAGCAGUGGUUUUCGCCCGUAGCUCUCUUCGUCUGUCACGAAUCUAGACAGCAUACACUUCGGCAUUACACCCUUACAGAACACCAGGAGUCCAAAUCCAAAUCAUUCUAUUGCGAUCCCUCUGUUGAUAUUCUCUGGUUCAACUACGAGUUCACGGGACACGCUGUCAACCUUGCUCACGUCGAAUUGCACGACCGGAUGGAUAAACUAUGCCAACGGUAUCAUACUCCUCUCAACCUUUUCAAAACUGUCCUUGUCGACGAGAUUUUCUGGAACCCAGAGAGCGGAAAUCAAGAAUAUCUUGCUCUCCUCCUCGGCCUCACUACGAUUUUGAUCAUGGACACAUCUCGACAGGACACAUCCCGGGAGGAUGUCAUCCCAACCAUAUACGACCAUGAGGAUUUGCAACACUUCAUCGCUGCGGAGAAGAAAGAGUGUGCCAAGUUCAAGGAACAACAUCCCAGAUGGCCCUUGCAGAGCAUCCAAUAUCUGGCGCGUGAUACCAAUACAAUCGGCUUUAUCCCGUCCACCACCCCGAGGAGGCUGAGACGGUACCUCUGGGAUUCUCGUUGGAAUUGGGAAUGGGUCUAAACGUCCAAACACAAGACCUUGCCCUAAGAUAGUGGAACCAUUUAAGUCGCCAAUGUUCAGCU